AUGGAUUCCCUGGCUACACAGCUGGAUUGGCAGCUAAUUCAAUACUCCAGCCGUAUCACACUUGCAGAUCUUCCAAAAGAGCUACUGGAUAAGAUUCUUGGCUACGUUGAAUCCUUUGACUAUAUCCCUUUUCUAUUGAGCUGCAAGACCAUCUAUCAUAAAUGUCAUUUGACUUUGUUCCGUCUCAAACCAGUCAGAUUGCAAUACUCCGGCAACAGUCACAACUUUCGAUACAACAGGAAUCUCCAGACAACAUGGAAUCUGUUGCAACACAUGUCAAAUAAUCCAGAAAUCUACGCCGAAGUGAAGGUAUUUCAAUUGAAGAAUAGUGUUUCAAUCAAAGAGUUUGAGAAAAGCCAUGUCGAGUCGAGAAAAUUCCACAGACGUGAUAAAAGCUCUAGCCUGAAGGUAGACUACAACGAGGUCCCCCUCUCCCUGAUCUCGGUGCUACCAAAUUUUGUAAAUUUGAGAUAUUUAAAAGUGGACAUUGGAGACUUUACAUUUUUAAGAAACCUUCUGGGAGCUCUUCCAAGCACGCUGAAAGGGCUCAACAUUAAUAUCAAUGUUGCAAACCCCAAAUUUAAUGCCAAGGAGAUGCAGAUGCCCAAUAUAAAGUGCAGGAGUCUAAAAACUCUGGCACUUCAUUCAACCAGCAAGGAGCCAAUGAUCUACGGCAAACUGAGAAGUAGGCACGUGAUGAAAGUACCCAGCAGGUACCUCAUGGAAGAAAGCACGUUUUCAGAACUGAUUCGAGAGAAAUUUGAGCAAGAUGAUCGAAGUAUCAAGAAACAACCGAACCUUAAGUUUUGCGGCGAGAUGAUGGCUUUACUGAUCCAACAGAACGCUUCGACUUUCUACUCAAUUGACAUUCGAGGAAUUGAUGCUACGCUAAUAUUCCUGAACCGAUUCGUGGCCUGUCCAAUGAAAAGUCUGCGCGUCAUCAAGCUGUGCAACCUCUCAAUCCCUAGACUCAAGUGGUGGCUUCCUGCUUUGGAGAAAAGCAACUCAAAUAAGCGGCAAUUCAUGGCCAGCAAUUCAGGGCUGUCGUUACCUCCUAUAGUUGUUAUAUUCUCCAAGCUCUUCACUAAUACACCUCAGAGCAGGGAUGUACAGUGCAGAGCAAGGUUUUUCGGUGAUCCGGAGGAUCAGUGGUUCAGCAUGGGCGGCGAGGCCACUGAAUUCUGGGAAGGUAUCCAUUACCAAUAA